AUGGAGGCGGCGGGUGGCGGGGGGGCAGCGGCGGCAGGGGGAGGAGGAGGAGGAGGAGGCAUCGCCCUGCACGACUUCAGCGGGCGGCUGGGCGAGCAGCGGGUGCACUUCCACGCCAUGCGGCUGCGGGACUCGCUCUUCCUGUGGGUGGGCUCCGCGCCCGCCCUCGCCAGCCUGGCUGUCGCCAUGUGCAACCCACGGGACAGCAUCCCGGUGGCCGCCUCGCUCCUGGGGGACCCCUCCGACACCGCCUCCGCCUGUCUGGCCCAGCGCUUGGCCAGCAAGACCAAAAAACAGGUAUUUGUCAGCUACAAUCUUCAAAACACAGACAGCAGUUUCACCUUACUCAUAGAAAACAGGAUCAAAGAAGAAAUGAAGGCUUUUCCAGAGAAGUUCUGACUUGGCCUGAAGUUUUUGUUUUAGGAAAACCAAUCACAAUUUUCACACUGACAUUAAGUUAGUAUAUUUGUUUUAUAUUGUUUUGACUGAAGUUGUUAUUAAAUAUAGAUGGACCUAAAUAUACUUGGAACCUGGAAUUUAUUAUUAUUGUUUUUAAAUUUGCUGCCUUGUUAAGUAGGGAAUAGGUGAGUAGAGUAGAAAAUAUGCUGCAAUGUAUGAACUUCGCUGUAAAAGUGCACACACAGUGCCUGACCUCCAGUCAGUACUUGGAUAUGCUGGGAAAUCAGUUCCAAAUUCUAGCUGUACAAUUAAUCUGCUAUGUACUGGUACUGAACAUAGCAAAUAAAAUACAUUUUUGUAUUGUAAA